AUGGCUGAAUUAGAUACUCUUGUAAAACAAAGGGAAACAUCAAAAGCAAAUGUAACAAGAAUAAAAAACUUAAUUUCUUCUUCUAUGUCUCUUGCUGAAUUAGAAUGUCGUUUAUCUUUAGUUGAAGCAUACUUCAAACAGCUGUUGUCAAUACAAACAAACAUUGAAGAGCUUAAUCCAAAAGACACAGCAAGAAUUGACAUUGAGGAUUUGUGUAUCAAAACAAAAUCAAAAAUUAUAGAGUUGUUAGGUGAUAAUUACAAACGACAAAGUUUUGAUACAUCAAUUGCUGUUCCAUUUGCGAGUCAUAGUAAGCUGCCGAGUCUCGAAUUGCCUAAAUUUGAUGGAAAGUAUUCCACAUACAAAAACUUUAUGUCGUCUUUCAAACAGUUUGUUGAUGACGACUCAUCAUUAUCCAACAUCGAAAAAUUUAAUAAUCUCUUGCAUUGUUUGUCGGGCCAAGCGUUGGAUACAGUUCGUGCGUUUCAAAUAACUGCGGACAACUAUGAAAAAGCAAUAAAGCGAUUAGAAGAGCGAUAUGACAACAAAACAUUAAUUUUUAUAGAGCACAUUCAAAAUCUUUAUGAUUUGCCAAAUUUGAAUAAAUCAUCUGGAAUGCAAUUGCGAAGUUUGGUGGACAGUGCCUCAGCGAUUUAUGGUUCUCUUAAGUCUUUAGGAACGGCAGAAGACAUAUGUAACGCAUUAAUUAUACAUUUAAUAAGCCAGAAAUCGGACAAGGAUACACAAAUAAAGUGGAGAGAAAAUUUAGAUUAUGCGGAAUUACCAUCAUGGGACAGAUAUUGUAAGUAUCUAGAACGAAGGUGCCAGUUCUUAGAAUCUGCAGAAAACUUCCCUUCAUACUCUGGUGCCCAGACAGAUUUUCAAAAACGUCAUACACAGCGACAACAAAAUUAUCGUUCUGCCUUUUAUACUCAACAAAAAAAUGUGUGCUUUAUGCAAAUGUCUGGAUCAUUGGAUAAGUAG